AUGCCUGGCAGCUCCCGCAUUCCCGCCAGCUUGCGCGAGGGCUUGAACCAAGUCAAGCUCAGUCGGCAAGCAACACCGCUCUUGGUCCUGAACCUCGACUUGUUGCGCAACAUCAUUUUCUUCUUUUUCAUCUGGCGAUGGACUCGCAAGUUCUUUCUCAAGCUUAAGGGCCGCGGCCUGAUCGGUAGCAUCGUCGAGCUUUACAUCGAUAUCCGCAAGGUUCUGUACGGCUACUUCCUGCGCGCCCCGGGCGUGCGCGGCCAGGUCCAGAAGCAGGUCAAUGAGUCCAUAACGAAGCUGCAGUCCAAGAUGAUACCCACAAACCUUACCCGAUACCUCACCCUCCCGAAGGAAGGCAUGUCUGAAGAUGAAGUCCGGAAUGAGCUCGAGACCCUGGCCAAUAUGGACCACACGAGAUGGGAGGACGGUUUCGUCUCUGGCGCCGUUUACCACGGCGAGGAAGAGCUGAUUAAGCUGCAAACCGAGGCUUUUGGCAAGUUCACCGUCGCGAACCCCAUCCACCCCGACGUCUUCCCCGGUGUGAGGAAAAUGGAGGCCGAGAUCGUCUCCAUGGUGCUCGCCAUGUUCAACGCUCCCGUCGGCGGUGCCGGUGCCACCACGAGCGGUGGCACCGAUAGUAUUCUCAGUGCCUGCCUCGCCGCGCGGCAAAGAGGGUACUUUGAGAAGGGCAUCACGGAGCCAGAGAUGAUUCUGCCCGAGACCGCCCACACCGCAUUCCGCAAGGCCGGUGAUUACUUCAAGAUCAAGAUCCACUACGUCGCAUGCCCUGCACCCAACUACCAGGUCGACACUCGCGCCGUCUCCCGCUUGAUCAACAGCAACACCGUUUUGCUGGUCGGCUCCGCCCCGAACUUCCCCCACGGUAUCAUCGAUGACAUCAGCGCUCUGUCCAAGUUGGCCGUCAAGAAGAAGCUGUGCCUCCACGUAGACUGCUGUCUCGGUUCCUUCAUGGUGCCCUUCUUGGACAAGGCUGGCUUCGAGACCGAGCUGUUCGACUUCCGUCUCAAGGGCGUCACCAGCAUCAGCUGCGACACCCACAAGUACGGAUUCGCCCCCAAGGGUAACUCUACGGUCCUGUACCGAUCUGCGGAGCUCCGCAAGUACCAGUACUAUGUGUCGCCGGAUUGGUCUGGUGGUGUAUACGGUUCACCCGGUAUGGCUGGCUCGCGCCCGGGCGCCCUCAUUGCCGGCUGCUGGGCUAGUUUGAUGAAGGUCGGCGAGGCCGGCUACAUUGACGCCUGUGUCAAGAUUGUCGGUACUGCAAAGAAGAUUGCCGAGACGAUCCGUGAGACGCCGGCUUUGGACAACGAACUGGAGAUCAUGGGCAAGCCGCUUGUUUCCGUCGUUGCUUUCACGGCAAAGAACCUCGAUAUUUACGACAUUGCCGACGGCAUGUCAGAGAAGGGCUGGCAUCUGAACGCCCUUCAAAAUCCUCCUGCGAUCCACAUCGCUGUCACUCUCCCGAUCACAAAGGUUUAUCAGAAGCUGUUGGCAGAUUUGGAGGCCGUCGUUGAGGGCGAGAAAGAGAAGGAGAGAGUCCGCAUCGUUGAGGGCAAGGGGGCCAAGGGCAAGGCCGUCGGCGACUCGGCUGCUCUGUACGGUGUUGCGGGAUCGUUGCCGAACAAGAGUGUGGUGGUUGACUUGGCCAACGGUUUCUUGGACCUGUUGUACAAGGCAUGA